AUGAUAAGUGUAACAGUUGCUGCACAUGGUCUACGUAAUCGUCGCACUAUUGGGACACACUUUAAAGCAUAUGAUUCAGGAAGAUUAUUAAUAGAAGAAGGAAGUGAAUUAGAAGAUGUAAUAAAGAUAAACAAUAAUAAUUUUGAUAGAAAAAAGAAAAAUGGAUUUUUAUUUAAUUUCUAUAAUUACAUAUAUUCUUUUCUUUCAAAAAUUUGCAGUUGCCUUUGGACAUUUUUUAAUGCAUAUAUACCAUUAUGGAAAUUAUUUAAAACAAUAAAUUAUGAAGAAAUAUUAAUAUGUCCAGAAAAAUAUAUUGUUAAAAAUAAAAAUCAUCCACCAAUGGAAAAUACAUUUAUAUUAAGAAAAAUAUUUAGUUAUAUGGAUGUAAAUGAUCUUUUAAAAAUGGCAAAAGUAUCAAAAAAAUGGCGACGUGUUAUAAAGAUAUACUCAGAACAAUUUGAUCAUUUUCAUUUUGAUCAAAUAAAGAUAAAUUUAGAUGAAGGACAGAUUAUACUUUUUUCAUUAGAUGCCCAAAGAGAUCCCAAAAGAUUUACAAUACAAUCAUUAAGAGAAUUAGAAAGUAAUAUGAAACAUAUCAAAGUUAAUUCAUUAUUUAUUAGAGGAAUGAUUAAAUCAGAAAGUAAAAUUAUUAUGAAACUUUUAAAUUGUUUAUCAUUAGGACCAACACAAUUUUAUUGUCUUUAUUGUGAUUUUUGUCCUGAAAGUAUUUUUGAAUUAAAAAAAUAUAUUUCAAUUAAUCAAAAGUAUAUUAAUGAUAUUGGUUUUGAGGAAUGUUCUUCAAAUGAACUUUUUGAUGAUGAAAUUUUUAUUCCAACAGUACCAAAUUUAGUUAAUCUUCGUAUUAUUAAUACAUCAUCACAUAUAAAUUUAGCUGUUACUGAUAAAUUACUUUUUGAAAUUAUUGAAUAUUGUGAAUUGACAAAAUCUUUUACACUCCAAUUUUUAAUGAUUAAUCGUCCUCGAUUUACUGUUCAAGCAUUUAUUGGUAUUAUGGAAGUAUGGAAUAAAUAUUGUAAAAAUGAUUUAAUAAUAACACUACAAAAUGCCACAUUUACAAUAAAUGAUUUAUUGGGACAAUGUCAUGCAACAACUGAUUUAAAAAUAAUUAGUAAAAAAUUUAUUGAAAGUAAUAAUUAUUAUUUUCAUAUAAAUAUUGUUAAGCUUUGA